AUGGCAGACCCUGUCUUCCGCGAGCGAGCCUCAUUCACCCCUGUCGAUUAUAUCAUUUUCGGACUUACGGUGGCUAUUUCAUCCGGCGUAGGAAUUUACUUCGCCAUCUCCGGUGGGCGUCAGAAAACGACGGCUGAGUAUUUGGUGGGUAACCGAAAUCUACACGUUGUUCCCGUGGCUUUGUCUCUUAUAGUGUCCUUCGAGUCGUCAAUCUUAAUGCUAGGUUAUCCUGCAGAGAUCUACGCACAUGGGACUCAGUUCUGGAUGCUUCAUGUAGGCCUGCCUUUGACGUUCCUGUGUAUAGCUCAAGUCGUCGUUCCCGUGAUACAUCCGCUGGGAAUCACCAGCGCUUAUCAGUAUCUAGAACUACGUUACGGCUCUCGUGCCAUCCGUCUACUGGCCUCCUGUCUGGCGAUUCUUUAUCAGACGUUUUACAUGGGGGUUGUGCUUUUCGGCCCGGCCACAGCUUUGGAAGCAGCCUCAGUAUCUCCUGUCACCACCCCUGCCUUUUCCCUCAUCCCGCCAUCUCUCUUUGCUGUCCAGCCUCAGUAUUUCCUGUCACCACCCCUGCCUUUUCCCUCAUCCCUCCAUCUCUCUUUACUGUCCAGCCUCAUUUCAGGCUUUCCCGUCGGCUACUCGAUUGUUCUUAUAUCCGCGGCAUCUGUGUUUUACACCUCUCUAGGCGGGAUAAAGGCUGUUAUCUGGACGGACGCCAUCCAGUUUAUCAUUAUGUUGGGCGGAAUUCUAGCUGUUAUUAUAAUGGGAUCAAUAUACGUUGGAGGAUUUGACAAGAUGUGGCAACUGAAUAGCGACGGGGGCAGAGUGAAGUUUUUGGAGUAUAAAAAUUUAUGUCUCGGCCUACGCGGGAGCUUAAGAUCCUUCUCAGCUCUACCCAAGGGUUACAUUGGGUACUAA